UGCGGUGUAACUAAACUGGGAGAAGGAGUCGCGCGAGGCUGAAGCAUGCCCGUUGCUGAGCACAGCAGGCCUGGCGCUCCCGGCCUGGCUGGCAGCCGCUGCCAUUACCCAGACGCCGGCUUGGGCGCGCUGCUUUCUGCAGCCAGACGCGGCUCUGCUCCAGUCGCUCUGCAAAGCGAGCCAGUGAUCAGCCGCCCGCUAACGCCGGCGAAGGCCCGGGCAACGCUCCUGGCGGCUGCGAUGCGGCUCCCCUCUGGGUCCCCGGCAUGAGCGCCUCGGAGGGUGAACACGAUGUCUUUCAAGAAAGAAACACCACUUGCAAAUGCUGCAUUUUGGGCUGCAAGGAAGGGAAACCUGGCUCUUCUUCAGCUGCUGCUGAACAGUGGACGUGUCGAUGUAGACUGCAAAGACAGUCUUGGUACAACAGCUCUUAUGGUAGCAUCAUACUAUGGCCACAAAGAAUGCGUUCGAGAACUAGUGCUGCAAGGAGCUGACAUCAAUCUUCAGAGAGAGUCUGGUGCUACUGCCCUGUUCUUUGCAGCCCAACAAGGUCACAACGAUGUUGUGAAGCUUCUGUUUGAGUAUGGCGCCUCCACAGAGUUUAAAACUCAAGAUGGAGGCACUGCUCUGCUAGCUGCUUGUCAGUAUGGGCAUAUGAGAGUGGUGGAGACGUUGCUGAAGCAUGGUGCCAAUAUUCAUGAUCAGCUUUACGAUGGAGCUACUUCCCUGUUCCUGGCUGCCCAAGGAGGCUACCUGGAAUUAAUUCGGAUAUUGCUGUCUUCAGGAGCAAAGGUCAACCAGCCAAGGCAGGAUGGUACAGCUCCCUUGUGGAUAGCCUCUCAGAUGGGUCACAGCGAGGUAGUGAGAGUGAUGCUGCUCCGCGGAGCAGAUCGAGAUGCUGUAAGAGAAGAUGGUACAACUGCUUUGCUUAAAGCAGCAAACAAAGGUUAUAGCAAAGUUAUAGAGGAGUUGCUUAAAUUUUCCCCUGCACUUGGCUUAUUGAAGAAUGGAACCUCAGCCCUCCAUGCAGCAGUUCUUGGUGGGAAUGUGGGAGCAGUAGCACUGCUUUUGGAAGCAGGAGCAGAUCCCUUCCUUAGGAACAAGAAAAACGAACUGCCUUCAGAUCUAACGAAGAAUGAGCGCAUCCUACAACUCCUGAAAUCCAGAGGAAAGCAGAGAAAGAGCUAAUGCAAGAUGAAUCUGAAAAAGCAGAGGCACCCUGCCUAAUACUAGACCUCAAGCAAAGCUGGUAUUCCUGCAGAACUGGAAAAAUGUCUUGCUGAGGCUUGAGCAUGUCCUGGCUGUUACUCUGAGAACGAGCUCAGGAUGCUUCAAGGAGUGGCACUGCUGAGACAUUAGUUUUAGGCCACUAAACUCGCCACGUUUUUGUUGCCAGCUUCAGCGCAAGGAAAUCCUUGUCCCUAGUUUAGAUUUCCCAAAUUAUAGCCUUUUCUGCCAAGGAGAAAUCCCUUUCUUUGCUAUACCUCACCCAUUCCUCCAGAAGCGUUGCCUUGGCCUUUCCAGUCCUGCUGUAACUCCACAAGCACUAAGCAAUUCUUUAAACUAUAAAGAGGGGGAUGGUCAUGUUCACCUGGUGCAGCACAAAUAAACGGGAGUCUCGUGGCACCGUAAAGACAGAACAGAAUUUUAUUUGCAUAAGCCCAUUUCUUCAGGCUAACUUUAUAUUCAUUCAUGGGGGAGGCUGGAAAAGAAAAAGAAACCAGUGGGGCCUCAAAGUGCAUUAAGUACAGACUAAAAUGUAAUUAUACAAAAUUGGGCAGGGGGUUGGGUUCCUAUAUAAAAUGAAUGCACAGAGGAUUCAUUCCUAGCAUCUGAAAUAGGUUCUAAUUCACCAAAAGCUUAUGCUGGAAUAAGGUUUCUUUAGUCUUGAAAUAUGGUAGUUAUGGCCCUGUUUAUUGUUAAUUGUUCCCAUGCUGUGCAGGUAGAAAGCAGGCCAUAGCACUGACAGUUUGGUUUCCCACAGCGCUUCAGCCCUUCUCCUAGCAAUUAAUUUGACUGCUUUUCUGCUAAACAAUAGUGCAAAGGUUUGUGAGAAAAAAUUGUGGGUCAGUCACUGGCAGCCUUUUCAAGCUAAACUACACAGCUGCUGAAACAUCGGACUCCAGGUGUCACGCUGAAAUGCUCUGUCUGCUAGGAUUAUUUCACACAGAACUGUAAUUAUAUUUUACAACACUAAGAGCAUGUAUGAUUGGGCCUUACUUAGUAGUCAGUACUAGCAUGUCAUGCACAAUUAUCAUGGAUCCCAGAGGAGUUUGGAGUUGUAUAUGUGGGUUGUUAAUGUUGCUCCUUAUUACAACACUUCCUCUUUUCGGUGCCUCUCUGAUGUCUUUAUUGUUUUGGCCAGAAGGGGUGAUACUGUAUUUCAGUAUUAAAUUACUUCUAUUGCUAUUUUCAUACACAGUACUUCUGUAGAACAUUUUAUUCCUCUUACACUUUCUGAAAUUGGAUGUAUACCCUGUUGAUAUCCUGCAUUUCUGCCCUUCUAGCUAGUUUUGCACAUGGAAUAGAAAGACCUGGAUUUCAGCAUUCUACAUGACUGUGUACCUUUUCUUCCAGGAUGCCACCACCUACAUUUACAGAGGGUGGGAAAGAGUAGUAAUGGAUACAGAUACAGCCAAGAUAAUGCAGGCCUGUCACUUACUUUUUCUGGUACAGCAUAAACUAUGAUGGGACAGUGCGACUGCAAGAACAUUUUUCUAGGAGUAAGCACGAUUGAAUAAUAAUGUUAUUCUAAAUAAACCUGCUCAGUAUUGCUCACUAACAGUAGCAUCAGUGGGCCUUGGACUGUAACUCUGCUUAAGAUGGUACUGUUAGUAUUGAAAUUUGUAAUGGACAUAUGAAGGACUGGAUGAUUUUUCCCCUAGGCCCUGUAAUUGGUUUUGGAGAUCUUCUCUGAAGAAAUGUUAAUUAUAUGUCUUCAGUAAUUGUUCACUUAUCAUAUAAAACUUUGCAAUCCUCCAUAUAUAACCAUCAACAGAAAAAACUGGUUAUUCGUUAUAGUUUAUUAUGUGUCCAUAUCCCACAGUUUGCCUCAGUCAGCUGUGGGUAUAAGGACAGUUUUCCAUUCUAUUGGGGUUUACCACUGGGAAGACAUAGUCUUUACAUAUUCUAAUAGUAAUCUAAUAGUAAACAAAUUGCUGAGCAAGUCAGAAGUGCUGCAGGUGGUUACCAAAUAAACCUAGUAUUGCUCUUAAAUAAUGCUCUUAAAUAAUGUAAUGUAUUAGCCUGCAGUGCCCAACUUACAGGUGUCAUGAACACCCACUGCAUAAUGAAUAGUUAUUAACACUUCCCUACUGUAUAGUGGCCCUGAUGCAGAACCUAAGAGUUCGGAAUAACUGGUUAGAUGCCUUUCCAAACAAUCACAACACCAAUUAAGUUGGAAUGCUCACAUGAAUAAAUGGUGCCACAUGAAUAAAUGGUGCUAAAAACAUCUUUACCUAUGGCUGAUCAUUUUGCUGCAGCCUCUUUUUCAUACACAGUUAGGGCUGAUUUGAUGUUGAUUUGCACCACAAAGAAUAUAGCAGACACUUCCCCAGCUGAAUAGCCAUGACUGAUGAGAUAACUCUUAUCAGUUUGGACUGCUCUGUGUGUUUAUGUGUGUGUAUAACUUUGUCACAGCCAUCUCAGACUAGUUAUGCAAGUCACUUGUGAUUUUAUAACUCCGUAUGUAAACAUAAAAUGUAUGCUGCCUAAUUCUGAUGUGUUGUGUUGCAUAUAAAAGAAAAAUUUUCAGUACCCAGGGAAAUAAAAUCCCCUUUCCCUUUU